GCAGAGCUCUAGCUGUAGGUUAGAGAGGUCUGUGUACAGACCGGUACUACCGUUUCGAAACUGACACCCAGUGGGCCGCAGAGAUUUUCGGGGAGCCCUAGGUCGGUGAAACAAACAUGGGGAACGCAGAGAGUGGCUGCGGUGGGGGCAGCGGCGACGAGGAAGACAUAGAAACGGAGAGCCCCGGCUUCGCGGAAGACAGUCCGGCCUCUGCGGCCACGGCCGUCGGUGUCAGAGGCGGUGGCGGCAGCUCUGGUUCUGGGAGGAGCGGAAGGGGGUCGAAUAACCCGCCCGUGCCCGCCGGUGGACCACCUAGCCCCGGGAUACUGUUGGAGCAAGUGAAACUGAGAGAAGCAGCGGCUCGCAUUAGCGACUCAGGUGUCGCCAUUAAAGAGUCUGUCCUGGCCGGGAACGAGGCUGUGCUGGUUCGGUGGCUAGAAGACCGAUUGAACCGAGGGGAAGAGUCUGUCAAUGUGGAACAAUUUUGCGAGAUGUUGGAGAGCAGAGAUGCCCAAAGAGAUGAAUGUGAAGAGGCCUUUGGACAGUUUGAUGCAGAGGGGGAUGGUGUGGUGGAUGUAGAGAGCAUGCUGAUUUCCUUGAAGAACUCCAAUGGAGCUAAUCUAAAGGGAGAGCUGAGUCAUGUGAUAAGACAGCUACAGGCAUGCUCCCUAACCCCAGGUUUUGUUGACAUCUUCUCCAAGACCAAAGACCGAUUAGGGGCACAUGCUUCUAAGAUCCUUAAGUUCUUACACAGGAAUCGUAUUCCCAGCAGUGCCAUCCCCUUCCCUAUCUUAGAGGGCUACAACAGUAUCUGCACCAUGAGGUCCAGUGUGGUUCAAGACUUCUUGGAAUUUCUCUUGCAGAAGGAAAAAGAUUUAGAUAUUCAGUACAGAGCAGAGCUGGACCGUGAUCCGGAUGUGGAUAAAGUCAAGGUGGUCACGCAGUGCUACAGCUCAAUAGAAGCUUCAUCCAAUGUUCCAGACAUUUACAAGAUGACAAAUGGGGAUACUGGAUCUUUUUGGCAGUCGGACGGCAGUGCACGAUCACACUGGAUAAGAUUGAAAAUGAAACCUGAUGUGGUUUUGAGGCGUUUGGCCAUUGCCGUCGUUUCAAACGACCACAGCUACAUGCCUCAGCUGGUCUCCGUGGCUGUCGGGAAGAACCGGCGUUCUCUGCAGGAGAUCAGAGAUAUCCGCAUCCCCAGCAAUGUCACAGGCUACGUAGCUCUCUUGGAGAAUGCCAACAUCACACACCCCUACAUCCAAAUCAACAUUAAGCGGUGCUUGAGCGACGGAUGUGACACGCGCAUUCAUGGCUUAAAGACACUGGGCUAUCAGAUUACCAAGAGUAAAGAGGUGUCUGUUUCCGAUGCUUCAGCCAUCUGGUACUUGUCUCUCCUCACCUCCUUAGUCACUGCGUCCAUGGACACUAACCCUGCACUGGCUCAGACUGUCCUACAGAGCACACAAAAAGCAUUACGGCACAUGCCCCCAUUGUCCCUAACACCAUCAUCCACGGAGUUCCCCAAGUUCUUCUCUCUGAACAUCCUGGAGGAAGUGGAUGGAUUUCUCCUCAGGAUAGCAGACUGCUGUGUGAGUCCUGAUGCAGAACUGACCCUCCUGGCCUUUGCUCUGGCCAGAGGCAGCGUGGCAAAAGUGCUCCAAGCCCUGUCCUGCAUCAGUGAUCAUUUAGAGACAGAGUACAAGGCCUCCGCCCUCAUCAUGUCCAUGGCCUCCGUGAGACUGCGACUACUUAAUCGCAACGGGAAGCCCCUCCAGUUGCACCUGCAGGCCUGUGAUGUGAAGAGUAAAGAGGAGAAGUCAGGACCAGAGAACAUGCUGACAGAAUCCUCCACUGGAGACGGAUUUCUAUCUGAAAGCGGCAGGAAGAGAGCCAGUGUGAUCCUGUCGACAGAGGACCAGAGUAACUUCCAGGUCACUCAGAUGAAGAUCAAAGUGCGGAAAGGAGCCAUUGGAGCAAAAUGCGGCUUGGUGUUUGCAUACAAGGAGGAUGACCCUUUUGAUGCAGAGAAACAUUUCAAGAGGUUCAAGAAGUAUGACUUGUGGGACUACAAGGAAUACAAAGAUUUUGUGCAAGACAAUGUGAAGAUUCCAACACAGUCAGAGGACGAGCCGAUUGGCUGGUUUGAGUUGGAGGAAGACUGGAACGAUGUGGAAAUCAAGCUGCAGCAGUGUCGUGUUGCAAAGUUCCUGAUGGUUAAGUUCCUCUGCACCAGGCAGGACUCUGCAGAUCGCCUUGGCGUUCAGUCCCUCAGCUUCAGUGGAUAUUUGUGCCCCGGGCCGGAGAGGCUCGCAGACCUGGACGACCUCAGUCCGGAGGGAGAGAGCUUCGACUCUGAUGCUGUCACAGGCCUUUGUCUGCUUAACAAGACGUUAUAUUUCAUACAACAGCUCACACGAGAAAUGGAUGCCUCUCACUUCAAGCAGAAGUAUCUUCUGGACUUCAGCGGUCUUGGCCUUAACCUCUUUUGGGACUUCUACAGUAAACUCAGGGAGAUUGAGGGAGAGGAGGUGUUGAAGAGCAGAGUCCUGCUGCUUCAAUUGAUGCAGAACUGUUUCCCAAUGCUGCCUAACCCAUUGGAGCCCCGGGGCCCAGAGGAGAGCAGGGCUUCAGAGGAGGGAGCCACAGCAGCAGUGGCUGUUCCAUCCACGUCCAGCAGUGUGGAGCCUCAACCUGACUCUGUUAGGGCUGUCUGUGAACUGUACACCCACAUCUGCCACAUUGUGGAUGGAGCAAAGGGCGGGUCUUUAGUGGAAAAAGCUUUGCACAAGGAGGCAGUCAAGGCCAUUCUUAAUGGAGCUGCGGUUUUCUUCCCGGAUAAACACGUCAGGAGGGACAAACUAUUCGACAUGAUGAAAAACAUCACCGAACAGGAUCAGCCAGAGUCGGUGAAGGUGACAUUUGAAUCGCUUUGUAAUUACUUCAGUGACCAGGAUCCAAGUGGCCUUCUCCUGCUCCCUCCUAAAGGAGCUCCCUCAGACUUUGACAUCAGCCCCAUCCUGUCAGUAAUGGAGACGUUGCUACUGGUGGCCACGAGAGAGUGCGAGGUGAUGAUGGUGGAUGAAAACAGUGGAGCCAGCAGGACGGUGUUGCUGUCCUUGUUUUGGGCUCUGCAGGGUAGUCUGCUCUCCUGGUGCUACCUGCAACUCAAAGGAGGAGCCUCCACCACCAUCGCAAAGGAACUGGCCAGAAACAUCCUUCUAAAAUACGUGGAUCAGUUCCUGGGGAGCAUCAAAGGCGUGCUUGGGUCCCUGCUGGGGAGUUACACUGGUACUGAAAUCACUGACAAACUGGGCAGCUCCAUCCUGGCCACGGUCUUCCGACAAAUGAUGAUUUUACUCCUGGAGCUGUGCUCUCUGGACAUCCCUCACAGCGUGCUGCUGAAGAGCUUCUCCUCUCUUGUGGAACUACUCAAGAGCCUGUCGAGUGAUACCGGAGACAUCUUUUCCAAGGUGGAUCAGGACAGCUGGCACCAGCCCCAGCAGCCGGUGGUGCUGAGGACCUGGAACGUGGAGUCCCCUCACAACUAUGAGAACAGCCGCCAUGAGACCACCAUAUUCGCCUGCCCAGGUGCUACAUCCUUUGAGGUGGAGUUCGACAAACGCUGUGAGACAGAGAAGAGAUACGACUACCUAGAAUUCACCGUUUCUAGAGGAGGGAAAGUCCGCUAUGACAUGAAGGUUGGAACUGAGAAGUGGCCAAGGAAAGUGACAUUUGACGCUGGCCCUCAACUGCAGUUCCUCUUCCACUCUGAUAGCAGUAAUAACGAGUGGGGUUACAAGUUCACUGUGACGGCCCUGGGCCUGCCAGAUAUCACUAUUUCCUGGAUGUCCGACCUGCAGCUGCUGGUGGCUCGCCUCAUGGGUCGUCUCGCUUCCAGAACCCUCGCCCUGAAAUCUCCCCACGAGAUCCGCACAGUUAAGGAGCUUCCACCUGGUAAAAUGUCCCAUGUUCAGUCUUCUCCUUUAUGGAAACCCAUUCUGCGUCACGGCCUGUGCGAAACCAGGGAAACUAAUCAGGCUCAAACACCCACAGACCAGACAAAUGCAUGGAAUCAGGAUGAGUUAAUGAGCUUCCUGGAGGAUUUUGCCCGCUGGAACCCUUCUCUGGAGCCCACAGACAGUAGAACAAAGCUGAUGAAGACCCUCAUGCAGUCCUGCAGAAAACAGCCUUUGAGAAACGAGAUUGCCUCUGGGUUGAAGACAGACCAGGCUGUGAAUGCCAUUUGGGCAGCUAUGGUAUAUCACACGCCAGCCCUCAACCAUUCCCUGAAGACCUAUGUUAAUCAAGACUGCAAGUCCUGUUUGAGCGAAGAAUUUGUGCAGGCGUACUCAUUUGCAGACAGUAUCAGAACAUGGAUGUUGGAGAUGAAACAGAGAUACCUGGUCAGCAAAAUGAAUGUCCCUGAUGAUAAAGAAGAGGAUCAUGAUGAGGUUACCAUGGAUACACUAGCUGAGAUGUGCAUUGAGAAGAGCCUGUUGCUCUUCAGAUUCACCCCCUGCGGAGGCCCAUACCAGGAAAACGACUCUUCCAGAGAUGCAGAGGGCAGCAGUGCUCGAUUGUUCCGCUCCUGUUCCAUCUCAGAAGCGGACUUUCAGGCCAACUCGUCUCUGGUAGCUCAGGCUGCGGCACAAAGCUCAUCAACGUGUGGGCAUGGCAAACAGGGUCACCAAGGCUCCACAGAGAGCCUCUGCUCCCAGCCAGGUGAACCAGCCUCCCCAUCAGCCGUCCCCCGUAAAGCCCCAUUCAGCCGGGCACGCCUGCGCCUCCUUUCCUGUCGAUCGAUAGAAGAGCCCCGUCUGACCCCCUCUGUCAAGGAUCGCUACCCAAUACUCAAACACAUACUGAACUUUAUUAAGGACCAGGCUCUCACAACAGCAAGCAUCCUGCAGACCCUGUCCCUGAGCAAAGCCCAGGCUGUGAGUGUGUGCAAGGUCCUGGAGAUGGUUCAGCAGUGUUUACAUUCUCUGGGAAAGCCACACCUCUUCCAAGCCCCCUGCAUCCUGUUCCUGCAGGAGCUGCUGGCAUGCCAGAAAGACUUCACCAGUUAUUUCUCUCAGUUGUCAGACAGUGGGCAGAAGCUCGGAGAGGAGGUGAGGCGCUCCUACCAUCAGUUGCUGCUCAUGCUGGUGGAGGCAGUACAAGGCUUCAGUAGCCUCAAUGAGAAAGCCCUGCUCCCCGCCCUGUCUUGUGUGCAGACCGUCUUGUUGCACCUUUUGGACAUGAGCUGGGAGGUUCACGAUCUUCCUCUCUUCCUGGAUAUAAAACUCCCUGACCUCCUGCUCAGCAUGUCCCAGGAGAACAUCAGUGUUCAUGACAUCGCCUUCAGUCAAUGGACAGAGGAGGAUGAAAUCGCAGACUACAAGAAGAACCAGGAGUGGAUGGAUGAGUGUAUGGACGGGAUGUUUGAGAAGUGGUAUGACAAAAUCGAUGAAGAGGACUCCAUGGAGGACAGGAGAAAGAUGCACAUGUUCAUUGCACGUUACUGUGACCUGCUCAAUGUUGUCAUCUCCUGUGACGGCUGUGAGAGGAUGGCUCCAUGGCACCGCUACCGAUGUCUGCAGUGCAUGGACAUGGACCUGUGCAAGACCUGCUUCCUCAGCGGUGCCAAGCCUGAGGGCCACGAAGACGACCAUGAGAUGGUGAACAUGGAAUAUGCAUGUGACCACUGCCAGGGGCUCAUUGUAGGCAGCAGGAUCAACUGCAACGUGUGUGAGGACUUUGACCUGUGCUUUGGUUGUUACAAUGCCAAGAAGUAUCCAGACAGCCACCUGCCGACCCAUCGGAUUACAGUCUACCCCAUGGUGACAAUACGAAUCAGUGACCGCCACCGCUUGAUCCAGCCCUACAUCCACAACUACUCCUGGCUCCUGUUUGCUGCUUUGGCCCUGUACACGUCAGAGCUGAGCAGUCAGAAGCAGAUGGAGGGGGAGUCUUUAGAUAGCAACACCUUGAGCAAGGCUUCCUCUCUGCAGACGCACUGCUCCCAGCUCAUCACUGACUGUCUGCUCAAGGGGCAGACUGGAAAAGGUCUUCGUUCCUCAGCCUUGCUCGCCCUGCUGUCGUCCAAUGAAUCGGCUUCUGACAGUGAGCUGUGUCCUGUCUCUCCGGAGUCAUCUCAGGAGCUCAGUACGGCCACUGACACCUCCUCUCUCCCCGGCAGCACUGCAGCCAUCUGCUCCCCGACAUCUCCCAGGGACACAACCAAACUAUCAGGUAAGGAGAAUAAAACAAAGGAGUUGGGCUCUCCUCCCCCUGUUCCUUCAGAGAUGUCAUCCCCGCCAGGCACUGCAGAGGGGGAAAGGAAGCUGGUUACCCAAGACACCCUGGACUCCCCCAUCCUCAGUCAGACCCCCUCUGUGUCAAGCGAGGACCCCCUCUCUCCUGUGUUGCGAGCUUCGGAGCCAGAUCCAGGAACAGUCAAUUCUCCAGCAUCUGAAGUUGUCAAGGGGACUGAGAGGCUGCCCCCAGUUCCCCUUCAGGAACAUGUGUUUUCAGAGUGCUCAAGAGAAAGGAUUCUGGGACUACUAUCAGCCAUGCUGCCACCUGCCUUACCAGGCAGCACCCUAUCUCUGCCCAGUCUGAACUCCAUCCUGCCCAAGCUUUUCAGGGCGGUCAUUUCCAAUGCUGGCUCUCUGAACGAGACGUACCACCUCACCCUGGGGCUGCUGGGUCAGCUGCUUCUCCGAAUCCCUCCGAUGGAGUCCGACACUGCCGUCACUGAGGCUCUGGCUGACAAAUAUGACUUGUUAACACAAGCAGAGGCACCCAGUUCAGACAUCCAGGGCUGGAAGACCACCCAGCUGCUUUUCAGCCUCGGAGCCGUCUGUUUGGACAGUCGCAUUGGUCUGGAUUGGGCGUGCACAGUGGCAGAUAUCUUGCACAGUCUGAAUGCUUGUCCUGAGUGGAGCCCAGUGAUCGCUUCCUUCACAGACCACUGUAUUCAGCUGCUGCCACAAACUCUCAAACGCACCAACCUCUUCACACUGCUGGUGCUGGUGGGCUUCCCUGAGGUGCUGUGUGUGGGCACCCAAACAGUGUUCAUCGACAACGCCAAUGAACAGCACAACAUGAUCUUGCUCAAACACUUCACAGAGAAGAACCACGCUGCAGUGGUGGAUGUUAAGACACGCAAGAGGAAAACAGUGAAGGACUACCAACUGAUCCAGUCUCAGGACUCCACUGCAGCCGGUCUCCCCGGGCAGUCUGAGGGCGACGGCUGCUCAAAGACCCUGCUCAGCCGCUACCUGAGGAAUUUCACCUCAAUCAUCAGUCACUUGCUGCAGGCUAGCCAGGACAAUGGCUCUCCUGAUGCUGUGGAGGCAUCUUGGGUUCUCUCCUUGGCCCUUAAAGGCCUCUACAACACGCUGAAGAAACAUGGAGUAGAGCCAGCUCAGGAGGACAUCCAGGAGUCAGGCCUGACGCAGCUGCUGGUGAGGAAGUGCAGCAAAGGGACCGGCUUCACCAAGCUGUGGUUGCUGCGAGACCUGGAGAUCCUCUCCAUCAUGCUCUACUCCUCUAAGAGGGAGAUCCACUCCAUGGCCCAGGACCCAGAGCGAGACCAAAGAGAGCAAGACAAAGAGCACGACUCCGAACACUCCAGCUGCUGUGCUGACGAAACCGAUGUCAACAACAAGCCCGACCCCUUAGAGGGCCUCGAUGAGGAGACAAAGAUUUGCUUCCAGAUCACACACGAUGCCUUAAACGCUCCUCUCCCCAUCCUGCGGGCCAUGUAUGAGCUGCAGAUGAAGAGAACCGAUUCCUUUUUCCUGGAGGUGCAGAAGAGAUUUGACGGAGAAGAGAUAAAAACAGAUGAAACUAUCCGGACGCUGGCUCAGAAGUGGCAGCCGGGCAGGCGGCCUCGCUCGGAGGAGAGGAACACCAAGGCUGUGGACACUGACAUGAUUGUCGUGUCAUGCGUGUCCAAACCCAGCCACUGUGAAAAGGCCACAGAGGAGAUCAACGUAGUGGCCCAGAAGCUCAUCACGAAUUCUGAGACCGACCUGCAGCUCAGCUACGCCAAACAGCGGCGCACCAAGAGUUCAGCUCUCCUGCACAAGGAGCUGGAUGUUCGCAGCACUCGAGCAGUUCGUCAAUACCUGGUGAAGGUCAACCAGGCCAUCGCCACGCUGUACGCCCGCCACGUGCUUGCCUCGCUGCUGGCCGACUGGCCCGACGACGCAGCGCUGAGCGAGGAGGCCCUGGAGCUGAACGGCGCCUCGCACAUGGCCUACAUCCUGGACAUGUUGAUGCAGCUGGAGGAGAGGCCGCUCUGGGAGAAGAUUCUCCAGAGGGUGCUGAAGGGUUGCAGCCAGAGUAUGCUGUGCAGUCUGUCCCUCACUGCCUGCCAGUUCAUGGAGGAGCCAGGGAUGGCUGUGCAGAUCAGAGAGUCCAAACACCCAUACGACAACAACACCAACUUUGAGGACAAGGUGCACAUCCCAGGAGCCAUCUACCUGUCAGUGAAGUUUGACUCCCGCUGCUACACAGAGGAAGGCUGUGAUGAGCUUAUCAUGUCCAGCAGCAGCGACUUCCUCCAGGACGUCCACAACUUCAGUGGCUCCCCUCAGAAAUGGUCUGAUUUUGAGAUUCCUGGUGAUACCCUGUACUACAGGUUCAUGUCAGACAUGAGCAACACAGAGUGGGGCUACAAGUUCACCGUUACAGGCGGGCACAGAGGACGCUUCCAGACAGGUUUUGAGAUACUGAAGCAGAUGUUAGCAGAUGACCAAGUGCUCAGUGCCCUGCCUCUCUCUGACAUCUGGGAGUGGCAGGUGGGCGUGGCCUGCCGGCAGACUGGGAACCAGCGACUCAAAGCCAUUCACCUGUUGCUCCGCCUCCUGCAGUGUCAGUCACAGACAGCCUGUGAGCUGACGCUGCUGCGCCCUCUGUGGCAGCUCUUCAUGUCCAUGGAGAACACUCUGAGCCAGGAUCCCACCAGCGUCACCGUGCUGCUGCCUCUUCACCGAGCCCUCACUGAGCUCUUCUUCGUCGCAGAGGCCCGAGCCAUUGCGCAGGGCAUCCUCCAGGAGUACUUGUUGGCCAUGACCACUGACGAGCAGCUCCUCAAUCAUACUGCAAUGGCUCUGAAGAACAUUGCGGCCAUCAGCCUGGCUAUCAGUUACCCCAACAAAUCUACCAAGCUGCUCAACAUGUCGCCCUGAGAGGUCCACCGAGAGGAUGGAGGAGAACAACCUGAAGGGGACACAUCCUGAGUCAGCAGGUUCACUUUGAACAUUGGCGGAGGGGUAAGGGAGGCCCCCCCCUGAGCAUCCAGUGCUUUCCUUGUAAAGGACGACCCUCCACUCCAGUAACUCUCUGCAGCACUCUGGACAGCAGCUGUGGGGGGGUUCUCAAAGAGCACUUUCCACAUUUACUCACAAUCCUUUCUGCCUUAGGUGAAUCCAGUAUCAGCAUGUGCAUUCACUGAAACAUGAACUAUUACGGGGUCUUCUUUAUUUUAUUUUUUUAUUUUUUGCUUAAACUUGAAGAAGCCGUGCUAAAGGACACGAAGUGUGCCAAAUUCGAGACCUUCAAAGGGAAACGUAUUAGUUUUUCUCCUGCCUUGGUUCCUCCUUAAACAGCUGGGUUUCAUAGUUGAUCAUGGUGAAAACAGGUCACCAUGGCGACUCUCAUGUCUCAGUGGACAUGAAGAGCAUCCUAAAAAUACUGUCCAGGACAGUGGAGUGUCAUUAGUCACCAUGGGGAGAAAGUGCUGACCUACUAGCUCCUUCCUCUCCAUCCUUUAUUCUUUCCUUUUAUCUAUCCUUCCUCUCUACCCACCUUCUCUCCUUCUUCUUCCCUUCUUUCGUACCAAAAUAUUAUCACAUAUAUUGGAAAAUUAGGUCUGAUCUGCAACUUUCUGUCAUGAUAGCAAGUGUGAUGUGUGUUGAGAUCGGGGCGGCAAGGGUUAGGACGUUAUUCAAAUAGCCAUAAUCUUUGCAUAGGAUGAGAAUUUACAUUACAGCUGGGGGAAAACUGUGAUAAUAUAAUAUUGCAAUGCAUUCCUUCAUGUAAUUCUAUCAAUAGGUUGCUGUAUUUUCACUCGAGUGAAUAAAAAAACAUUCUGAUGUCAAAUGAUGUUCCCGAAAAUGAAAAAAAAAAAAGUAAUUAAGAAACCUGCAAUCUCUUCAAAGCCUUUAUUCUUUUCUCUAGUAUAUAACAAGGUUUUCACAUCAGUUAAAGGAAUAAUAUCCCAAUGUAGUGUUACACCAUCAUGCCCCCAUAGCUUGCGUAUCGUGAAGAACACCGGUGUCGUUCAGAAGUAUGUACAGCUGACUCCCACUGAUACACAGGUUGACCCCUCACAUCACUUCAAAAAAAAUGAAUUGACUGUUGUUAAGAAAUGACAAAACUGUAAAAUAUACACAUUAUCCCACUUAUUCACAAGCAACUCAUCUCAUAUUUUGUAAACUGAGAGUUGAUGAAUACUGAAUUACCUCAUCUUUUGUAAUUACACGGCUCUGACCCCUAAAUGUUUAAUGUGACUUUCAAUCACAUUACACUAACACCACCUUUUAUUAAUGUCCACCUGUAGCCACUUCACUCCACUCAUGUACUUUCAUGUUAAACAAGGCAUCAAGUUUUGUAUGUUGAAGAAUCUAAACUUAAGUUUGAAAGAAAGUUGAUGGGGGAGGAGUUCCAAUCAUUACUGUACUCAUUUCAAAUGAAGAAAUUAUUUUAGUUGUCGGGAAGCCAUGGUGGUUUAUACCAAAGAAACCAAUCAUUGUGAGCCAUGAAACAUCUCGAAAGAACUCCACGUAGAGUUCCUUCUGUUUGUCACAUAUCAGAGGAAACCUUUAAAGUUAGUUUUUUUAUUUUUGAAAUGGUCCCUUCGAGGACCGUAGAAUAGCUUGGUGGUUUUGUUUACACAAACAUCAGCUGCAGUGAGGAGGGAGGAAGAGAUACUCUGUUUGGCUUUUACGACGCCUCACCUAUCUACUACGUGCCUACAGUUAAAAAUGAAGCAAUCAUAAUUUAACUCAUGUUAGCCGAAUAGUUAUUAAUCUAUUUUAAAAGAGAGAUAUAUUGUUUGAUUUGAAGUUUUGUGUAACUUUUUACUUUGUCGGUUUCUUUUUUUUCCGCGAGGAUGCUUGAUGUUUGAGGCUGACUAAUUUGAAUGUACAUAUCUGUGAAUAUUAAUUGCACAGUAUAUAAAGACUUUGAUAUCAACCCCUUACAAAAAACAACUUUAUCGGGCACUAACAGACGGACACUUUGAUUCUGAUUUUGUAUGCAUGGCACAUCGAAGGUAAAAACAACACCACGUACUGCUUGGGUUGAAAAUGUGUUCCGUUUCUAAUAAAAAUAGAAAUGACUUGAAUACAA